AUGUCUUGUUACCGCCACGUUUUCCGAAGCGCGCCGGCAGUCGCGCUCGCCGAAGUCCAGCGCUGGGGCAGAAGAAACAACGUCCACAAACUCACGCUCCUGGUCCAGACCUACGAGAAGCCGUGUGUGAAAAGAACGCGAAUUGCAGAAGAAAAAGCCUACUACCCGAGGUGGUUCUAUCUGCGCUAUGCAACCGAAGUCAUCAGAUACUCUCUCAAACACCAUCUGCGUUUGGGACAGGGUUUCGAUCCGAACGACGACCAGCGCCUGGAUGGGCUGAAGCCGCUGCGGGUGCCGUCGACGGAGGAGCGCCGCCAGGAGCUCGCAAAAAUGGAAGGGGAACUGGCGAGUGUGCAGAAACAGAUCGUGGAAAUGGACGUCGUUAGCGUCAUCACCGGAGCCAGGAAGUCGCUGGCCUCACAUCCUCUCCACGUCUCGGCGGCAGAUAUUCUCGCGGAGUUGGAAGCGUCGCAAGGGCGACUGCUCUCGCUCUCUGCCUUCCUGCGGCGCUUUUACCGGCCGGGCAACGCCAGCAGUCAGUCGUGGUCCUUGAGCGAGUUGCGGAUUCUUCACCUGCGCCUCGCGCGCUUCGUGAAACUCGUGCUGGACAUACACGCCACGCGAGAGCUCCUCGCGCUCCAGGACGGCAGACACGCCCGGUGGGGAAAGAGCCUCUCGGAGGAGGAAUUGGGGAAACUCUUCGACACAAAGCGCGUCGACCUUCCAAGCUGA